AUGAGGGCUGCGGUGUCGGAACUGGCUGAUGGAGUCUCCUUUAACGGCGCCGUUGAAGAUGGCGCCGACGUGAGCGCGGCCCCGCGCCGCCGGGGGAGCCGGAUUCGAACAAAGGCCCCGGGCGGGGGCGAGGGGCGUUCGGGGAUGGAUCAACAGGAAGAAAAACCAUCUCCAGGGUCAGGGGGCCAGGCUGGCCCUGCCCCAGUCCCUUUCCCUGACCUCUAUACCAGCUCCAGCAGGAACCAAGGACCGAAGCUGGAGAAGGACCAGCUGGCACCCACCUUCCCUCUGGGUGAUUGCAGUUCUCCGUGCCUAUCCGGCAGCGGCAGAACCAAUGUAGUGCCCAGCACAAGCAGCAGCCGCCACACUCAGGACCUUCGCCUUCAGAAACGUAGGCCUCUCCCAGGAAAACAGUACCCGUGUUCCAGUUAUGGCUGCAAGCUGGUCUGUUCCAGCUCCCAGGAGUUGGCUCACCACCUGAGAAGCCAUUACCUGCCCACCCAAUCCAUGGGGGGGAAACUCUUCCACUGCUCCACUCUGGGCUGUGCAGACACCUUCCCCAGCAUGCAGGAGCUGGUGACCCACAUGAAGGUGCACUACAAACCCAACCGCUACUUCAAGUGUGAGAACUGCCUGCUGCGCUUCCGGACACAUCGCUCCCUCUUCAAGCAUCUGCACGUCUGCUCCGACCCUUCCCGUAGCCCUACUGCGGGCCCCCCUCCUCCUGCCUUGGAGAAGGAGCCCCCUGAGCCAGAACCCUCUGCGGGUCCCAGCCCAGAGGCUGCCCCAUUGCUCUCCCCACUGCCCCUGGGUCCAUCUCACACUCAGCCCUUUCCCCUGCUGGAGCCUUCACUCUUUGAUCCAGCCUCCCUGCCACGCUUCCCUGCUCAGGCCUCCUCGCCCAUGCCGGGGGCCUUCCUGCCCUACCUGCCCCCUUCGCCCUACAGCCUGCCCCCCGGCUCCGGGCAGCAGCGCCUCCGCCCUUUCCUGCCGGCCCAGGCUCUCCCCAUCUCCAAUGCCAUCUGGAAAAAGAGUCAAGGUGUGAGUGGCAGCCCACGCCGGCCCCCCGGGGGCUCCGAGGUGCUUGCAGGUCACUCAUCCAACAGCCGGAUCGUGUGGGAGCACACGCGGGGCCGCUACACCUGCAUGCAGUGUCCCUUCUCCACAGCCUCUCGGCCAGCCAUGACCCUGCACCUCGAGGACCACCGCAAGACCCCACCCCCACCCGCCCGGCUAGACGCACACAUGGACUUUGGCGUGGGUCUGGCCGCCUUCCCUUCCAAGCUGCCUGCAGAGAUGGAGAGCUCCCUUUACUCCCAGCUCUGAUGUCCGCCCCCUGGCUGGCCCCCCACAACUGCCCCACUCCUCACUCCUCCCAGCCCUGGCCCUCAGAGCCCCUUGCCCUCUGGAGUGGGGAGAUGGGAAAACCUGGGGGGUUAUUUUUAUAAUUUAAAGUUGCUUGGCAAUGUUUGUCUAUCUUUGUGGCCCAGCUCCAUCUGGGAGUGAAGGGGUGGGGAGGGGAGAAAUAAAUAGGAAUUGCACAGGA